UGUUGCCAAUUAUCAUGAUUAUUUUCGUGCAGAAUCACCAUUUUUGAUCGUCUUCGAUUUGGCAUGCAUGGAAGACUUCCAUGGCCAUUGUAACUUCCCUUGCUGAGGAUAGUUCCUGAACAAAACCUGGACGCCGUUCCCCCCAGAUUUCCCCGUCUAGUUGCGGCAGAGCCACCUUCUCGUCAUACAGAAUUUAGGAUUUUUGGAUGCCAAAAUACUUGUUGGCGUGAAAACCGAUAAAGAACAACCGGACACCGCCGUACCGCCCAGACCUCAGGUGAGGCUGCAGACUCCGUUUGCUAAAAAUUCCAGUGCACCCUCUGUACCUGUCUGUACAUCUCCGUAAACGCAUGCUGAUCCUGGUGUCCUUGGGAAUCAGAGGAGGAACUUGCAUUUGUAUGGUUAUUGCUGGCUCGUCGACUAUGAUCUAGCAUGCCACCACCAGCAGCAGCCACAUCCAGUAAGCAGGCAUGUACCGAGCCGGGGAAGAAAGUAUUGUCCACCUAUGGCUUUACAAGUUGUGCUGAUCAGCUUAAAGCCGACAUAGUUGGAACGGAACUAAACAACAUUGUGACAUGUUCGAAAGCAGUCGACGAUCUGAUGGAAGGAGGCAUCCCUAUCUCGCAAAUCACUGAGAUCACUUCCAAGCCUGGAGCCGGCAAAUCACUAAUGUGCUUGCAGAUCGCAGUUGAUGCUCACAUACCAAUCUCUUAUGGUGGUGUCGGAGGUGAAACACUGUAUAUUGACUGUGACGGUCGCUUCAGUCCCACACGCUGCAAUGAUAUUGCACAAGCUACUGUUGAUCAUCUGCAAUAUGUUUCUUUAAUACGUGACCUCCCUAAGGAGAUUGCGGAUGCAUACGACUUGAAGUCAGUAUUAUCCAGCAUCAUGGUCCAGUACGUGCCAAACUAUCUUGCUUUCUUUGCGGUGCUGCAUCAGAUUCCAGACUUCCUAGCAACCCAUCCCAAAGUAAAGUUGAUUGUAAUUGACAGUAUAGCAGGAGUAUUUCGUAAUUACAGGACUGAUUACGUCCGGCGUUCGCAGUUGCUCAUUAGCGCCCAGCAAAUUCUUCUGCAGAUAGCCACCCGCAACAAACUGGCGGUUGUUAUCACUAACCAAACUGUAACACGCUUCAGGUUUUCACAAGGGAAACGUGAAGUAUAUUUCCGACCAGCUCUGGGCGAUAGCUGGGGUCACGCCGCGUUCCAUCGCAUUCUCAUUGAAGGUGAACAUGUUCGUCGCAGUACGAAAAGGGUUGUCACCGUACAGAAGAGCUCUAUUUAUAAGCGCUCUUCAGCAGCCUUUCAAAUUACUGAAGAUGGUGUUCGUGCUCAUAAUGUUUAUAAAUACAAGAUCCCAGCAGAAUCCUGAGUGGCCGCCUUCCUCAGUCUACUGGCACAGUAUCUAACAAGAAGGCAGCACAAGGCUAGUUGGUUGCAACUCUGAGUGUCCAUGCUAUGCGACCAUCAGGCAACAUGCAGAUGCUGUUGGCCACUCCAGUUUUUAUGCCAGGAGAAAUAUUAGUGGUUUUGUGGUGUGGUGCUAUGCUUUGUGUGUUGGGUUGGUAGUACUAGCAAGCAGUGUGAAAAAACCCUGUGUGCAUGUAUGUGAGCCCUGUGUUCGUUUCAGGGCUAGCAGUGCAGUGCUCCUCUGUAUACUAGUAUCCUAUUGAAGCAUUCCACUACUUGUCAUCCACCCCAUACCUUACCAAUACCAGGUGAUGUCCCACCCAGUGGUGUAUACUAGUUACUACUCACCUUCUGGGUUUUGCUGUACAUUGCGUUGCUCAUAUUCUUUGCUACCUGGGUCUGCAUUAAUUGUACCUGAUGCGCCAGCUCUCAGUGUGCAAGCAUCACUUUACACCAAUGCACCUUUUUCUUUCUUUCAAAAUACUGAUGUAUCCGGGUUUUCGCAGCACAUGGAAUACAUGCAUUCGGCUUUUUCUGCUGCAAGCAACAUAGUGCGGCCAUGUUCAGUGUUAUGUGCUGAUCAUCUGCGGUUGAUCCACCUAUUAUUGUGUUUCAUUUUUAUAUACAAAAUAUCUUAACAGUACAGCCAUUUGGACAUGAAGAUACCAUCACUAUACACAAACGUCACUGACAAUGCAAUCUUGAGUGACAAAGACACAACUGUAUUAUUCAGAUUCAACCUUCAAAAUUUUAA